AUGCCCGCCGCCGUCCUUUCCCAGCACACUGCGCUGUCCGCCGCAAAGGCACAGCUCUCCACCGGUGGCGUCCGCGCUCUCUCCAGCCGCGCCUCCCAGGUCCUCAAGGCUGCCGGCCUCCCCACCGACGGCUCCACCAUCCCCGGUGUCUACGACGGCACUUGGGGUGGCUCGGGUGAGAUCAUCGAGACUCUCUGCCCCGCUACCGGCGAGAUGAUCGGCCGUGUCCAGACCGCCACCCCCGAGGAGACCCGCGCCGCCAUUGCCAAGUCUGUCGAGGCUGGCCGCGCCGUCCGUGCCCUGCCCGGGCCCAAGCGUGGCGAGAUCAUGCGCAAGGUCCGCGUCGCCCUCAACGACAAGAUCAACGAGAUCGGUGACCUCAUUUCGCUCGAGAUGGGCAAGAUCAAGAGCGAGGGCAAGGGCGAGGUCCAGGAGUUUGUUGACAUCUGCGACCACGCUGUCGGCCUCUCCCGUUCCAUCCAGGGCCGUGUCCUCCCCUCGGAGCGCGAGGACCACGUCAUCUACGAGAUCCCCAACCCCCUCGGCACUGUCGGUAUCCUCUCGGCCUUCAACUUCCCUGUCGCCGUCUACGGCUGGAACUUUGCCAUCGCCUUUGUCGCCGGUAACUCUACCAUCUGGAAGCCCUCUCCCACCACCCCCCUCUGCGCCAUCGCCGUCACCCAGAUCGUCCAGAAGGUCCUCGAGGAGAACGGCCUCCCCGGCGCCGCUGCCUCGCUCGUCACUGGUGACAUUGACGUCGGCAAGAACCUCGUCGCCUCCCCCUCGCUCCCCCUCAUCUCGUUCACUGGCUCCGAGCGCGUCGGCCGUGAGGUCGGCAAGAACGUCCAGGAGCGCUUCGGCAAGACCAUCCUCGAGCUCGGCGGCAACAACUGUGUGAUCGUUGACAAGGACGCCGACCUCUCGCAGGCUCUCCAGGGUGUUCUCUUCGCUGCCGUCGGCACUGCCGGCCAGCGCUGCACCUCUACCCGCCGUCUCCUCCUCCACAAGGACAUUGCCAAGCCCUUCCUCGAGAAGUUCCUCCAGUUCUACGACUCGCACAAGCCCGAGACCACCCUCGCCAUGGGCGACCCCCUCAACCCCGAGACCCUCAUCGGUCCCCUCCACUCGCCCGUCUCGGUCGCCAACUACGAGAAGGCCAUCGAGGGUGUCCUCGCCCGUGGCGGUGAGCUCCUCACCAAGCGCUCUGGCCGCAUGGCCGCCCCCGCCAACUGGGACGAGGCUACCGGCGGCAACUGGGUCUGGCCGGUUGUCAUGCGCCCCAAGCAGGACGACCCCUGCUGGCAGGAGGAGGUCUUCGCGCCCGUCCUCUACGUGGCCGAGUUCGAGACCCUCGAGGACGCUAUCCGCCUCAACAACUCUGUUCCUCAGGGCCUCUCGUCGUCGCUCUUCACCAAGGACCUCCAGUCCAUGGGCAAGUGGCUCGGCCCCGAGGGCUCGGACUGCGGCAUCGUCAACGUCAACGUCGGCACUUCGGGCGCUGAGAUCGGCGCUGCCUUCGGCGGCAACAAGUCGACCGGCUGGGGCCGCGAGUCGGGCGGUGACGCCUGGAAGCAGUACGUCCGCUGGAGCGCCGCAACUGUCAACUACGGCUCCAAGCUCCCCCUCGCUCAGGGUGUCAGCUUCGGCUUCUAA